CCCUAUCUUUGCACUUCAGACGGAAGCCACUUCCCCGGCAUGAGGUUGAGCACAUAGGGGGUCUAAACACCACCCUCAACCCCAUCUUCAAGAUGGGACGGAAUCACGAUGACGGGGAUCAGGUCCAGCACAUAUUGCACUAGUCCUUCCCAUUUCUCUGGGUCACAAAGGUGAAACCCUUUUCACAAACUCUGCUUCCCACCAGAUCCAACUCGCCGGCCAAAUCACAAUCCGCCUGAGCCGCUGCAACGCACGCCCCAGACUCAUCGCGACAAUGGGCUGUCUCCUCUCCCGGCCUAAGAAGCAUAAAUCCAAGGCCUCUGGACAGACAAUGCGGGACUCCGAGGCCCUGCGACGCCGAAUCUCCCUCAACAAGGAAACCCUCGACAGGGUGCUACAGCGGCUCGGGCACCCGACCACGCAGCAGGCCACCCGGAAGUCCACCCACCCCGAACAGCAAGCCCAGCAGACCCGAGCCCCGUCCCCCACAGCGACCCCGUUACCGACAGGGACCCCGUUUCCGACAACGACCCCGACCUGGGGACCAACUCCAUCGAGCCCAUUCCACACAAGCACAAGCACACACCAAGAAGCAGCAACACCCACCACCCCCCAGGCCCCAGCCAAAGCCAUCGACACCAACAAGCCCCUCCCACCCAUCCCCCCAACUCCCACAACCCCCCCAACCCCAUCAACAAACCCGACUCCCACUCGGACACCCACACCCACAACCCCAACCCCUACUCGACUCCAAUCCCAGCAGCAGCAGCAGCAGCAGCAGCAGCAACGCGCCCACAUCGAGCAGCACCGCCAACACACCCUGCGCAUCCUCGAGUCGCGGGGCGCGCCUAGGCCGGCUCGCCUGCAUCGUAAGCGCGUGCCUAGCAUCAUCCUGCGGCGGCGGAUCGAGAGGGGCGCGAGGGGCGCGAGGGCGCUGGGGCGGGUGGAUGGGAUGCGGAUGGGGGUGGAUGGGAUGCGGAUGCCCGGGGGGGUGGUCAGGGGGGAUGGAGAUGGGGAUGCGGAUGGGGGGGAGGGGUGGGGAUGA